AUGAAUUUUCAUAGAAAUCCGUCAGAAUUAUUGUUUUAUAUUGAACGAUCAUGUUCGCCAACACUUGAAGAGCCCAAUUUAGCAUUUAAUUUGGAGGUAGUCGAUUUCAUUAAUCAAAAGAAGGGGAAUAUGGCAAGAGAAGCGGCAAUGAUGAUUGUACGUAAAGUAAAUAAUAGAAGCUCCUUAGUACCAAUGCUUGCCUUAUCAUUAUUGGAUGUCUGUGUAAAGAAUUGUGGAUACCCAUUUCAUUUACAAGUAGCGACGAAAGAAUUUUUAAAUAAGUUAGUACGGCAGUUUCCUGAGCGUCCGCCGUAUCGUUUGACACGUUUGCAAACGAAGAUUCUUCAAAUUAUAGCGGAAUGGAACCAAACUUUGUGUUUGACAAGUCGAUAUAAAGAAGAUUUGAUGAAUAUUCGUGAUAUGUAUCGAUUAUUACAGUUUAAGGGAUAUAUGUUUCCGGAAAUUCAGAAUGAUUCAGCAUCAGUUUUAAAUACUCCUGAUAAUUUCAGAUCAGCCGAGGAAUUAGAGCAAGAAGAUAGGGAGACAAAAUCAGCAAAAUUGCAAGAGCUUGUUCGAAGAGGAACUCCAGCUGAUUUGGUAGAGGCAAACAAAUUAAUGAAAAUAUUAGCAGGUUAUGAUACAGGCAUAAGAAAUAAUUAUAGAGCAAAAGUAGCAGAAGAUAUUGAAAAAAUACGACGAAAGACAUUUUUACUUCAAGAGAUGCUUAAAAAAAAUAAUAAGGAUACAAUAUAUAAAAGUGAUAUUUGUGAAGAUUUUAUUUCAUCGAUAAAAAAUGCGCAACCUAAGAUUCGAAAGAUAUUGGAACAAGAAAAGAAUGAUACAGAAGCGAUAUCUAAACUUUUAGAAUUAAAUGACAUGAUCAAUGUUACAAUUUUGCAAUAUGGGAAAACCAACGAGGAAAAGGCCUUUAAUGAAAAUGGCGACUUAAAUCCUAUUUUAAAUAAUUCUGUAGAAAAAAAAGAUAUUCCGUUAAUUGAUUUUGAUGAUCAUUCAAAUCUUCAUACGAACUCAACUUUUAUAAAAGAGAAAAGUUCUGAAUUGGAUGAUCUUCUCGGGCUAUCUUUCGAUGGGAGUUCUUCUGAACUUUUUAAUGAGACAAAUGAAAAAACACAUGUUAAUUUAAAAUCUUUAUCACUUAUUGAUGAUAGUUUUGAUUCUGUUUUAAAUUCGAAAACAUUUGAACCUAAUAUAUCUUUUAAUAACAUACAAAAUGAAGCAUUUCAUAAUCAUACAGCAUCAGAAUUUGUGUUUAAUCAAAUACCAGGAAUAGGAGCAAAUGAGCAGAAAAAUAUUAAUAUUUCUGUUCUAGAUACUCCAGAUCUUGUUAUUCAUUUUCUUAUAUCACGCAAAAAUUCCUCAUCAAAUUCUCCCAUUCUAAUAAAAAUAGGAUUUUCUAAUAAAUCAUUUACCGAUAUAAUAAGUUCUUUAAAUUUUCAAAUGUCUGUUCCAAAAACAAUUUUACUUAAAAUGGAACAACAAAUUGGAUCUAUUAUUAAUCCUACUCAGAGGAAUGGUAUUACACAAUUAGCAACAAUAUUUGGCAUUAAAGAUGAAUUGGAUAAUUUAAAAUUAAAAUGGAAAGUUUCAUAUUAUCUUGGGAAUUGUCCAAUGGAAAAAUCUGGAAAAGAACUUUUUAUUUUAAAAUAUUAA